AUGUAUUCCAAAGAUGCCGAAAUGGCGCCUCACGACCAGCGGGAUGACCAGCCCGAUGAGCAGCCCCCACCCCCAUACGAGGCAAUCCCGCAAAAUUUGAGUGAAGCUCAAGGUAUCUCCGUCAACGAUGAUGGCCGUGUUGUCGUGGAUGCUAGUUCUCGUCUCUGCAGAUCUCUUUCUAAGUUAUUGCCUAAUGCUGUCCGUCAGAGCGUAUCUCCACCGGAAUAUUCCGAGGGGGUACCAACAUUCAAGUUCCCUCUAAAUAUUGUGAUUCAAAUCGUGGGCAGCAGAGGUGACGUCCAACCAUUUGUCGCACUUGGCGCAGAGCUACAAAAUAUGGGCCACCGUGUGCGCAUUGCAACACAUAAUGUCUUUGAGCAGUUCAUUCUCGAAGCAGGCUUGGAAUUCUACCCUAUCGGCGGUGACCCGGCCGAUCUGAUGUCAUAUAUGGUCAAGAAUCCCGGGUUGAUUCCCAGCUUAGAUAGUGUUCGCGAGGGAGAUAUUCAAAAGAAGCAACUAAUGAUGGCGGAAAUUCUUCAUGGUUGCUGGCAAUCAUGUCUCAUGCCCGACCCUAUCACAAAUGCCCCCUUCGUGGCCAAUGCCAUUAUCGCCAAUCCUCCGAGUUUCGCCCACGUUCACUGCGCCCAAGCCCUAGGAAUUCCACUUCAUUUGAUGUUUACAAUGCCAUGGAGUCCAACAACGGCAUUCCCGCACCCGUUGGCCAAUUUGAAAAACAUUCCGGCUGAUCAAGCGUGGCUCAAUCGCGUUUCAUAUGGUGUUGUGGACUGGCUAUCAUGGCAGGGUCUCGGCGGCGUGAUCAACGAUUGGCGGAAACAUGAGCUCGAGCUCGAACCUAUCUCUCUUUCAGAUGGCCCUUUCAUUUUAACCAAACUGAAUGUUCCCUAUACAUAUUGCUGGUCCCCUGGCCUAGUUCCUAAACCUAAUGACUGGCCUCAUAAUUUUGACGUGUGCGGGUUCUUCUUCCGCGAUCCACCUAAUUAUCAACCUCCUGCCGAGAUUGCGGAAUUUCUCAACGCCGGGCCCCCUCCGGUCUAUUUCGGAUUCGGUAGCAUUGUCCUUGAAGACCCCGCUGAGAUAACGAAAACGAUUCUCCAGACGGUUCAAGAAACCGGGGUUCGGGCAAUCAUCUCACGCGGCUGGAGUAAGCUAGGAGGGGAUUCGGGGGAACUAAACAGGAGUGAUGUUCUCUUCAUAGGCGAUUGCCCACACGAAUGGCUAUUUGAACGUGUCAGUGCAGUCGUUCACCACGGAGGUGCUGGUACAACGGCAUGCGGACUACGCAAUGGCAAGCCUACUAUCAUUGUGCCAUUUUUUGGAGAUCAACCAUUUUGGGGAGAGAUGGUUUGCGCGGCUGGAGCAGGACCAAACCCUAUUCCAUACAAAAAGCUGAAUGUCAACGCAUUAGCUCACGCAGUACGGUUUUGUUUGACACCAGAGGCAGUGCGCUCCGCGCAGGGUAUUGCGGCCAAAAUGGAGAAGGAACAAGGAGUGAAAACAGCCGUCGAAUCGUUUCAUCGGAAUUUGCCCAAAGAUCUAGUCGAAUGUGAUCUCCUACCAGAAUUCCCAGCCGUUUGGAGAUAUCGUCUCGGCAAGAAAAGAUUUCGUUUUUCCAAAAUUGCUGCGGAGAUCUUGGUAGAAAAGAAUUUGGUAGACGUCAAAAAGCUGAAACCGUACCAACCAAACCCCAUUAUCAUCGAGAACACACGAUGGGACCCUGUGACUGGUAUCUCCUCUGCUGGCAUGGGAGUCACAUUUGAUGUGCUCAAAGCAGGAGGGGAUAUAUUUUAUAAGCCAUACAGGGUAUACCAAGAUGGUCGCACCGUGCAUCUUCCAUCACCAACCGGUUCAGAAAACACUCCUGCCCAGCUACUGUCACCAAGAAACAGUGGAUCAUCAAUUCGCAAAGCCCAAUCGAUGGAUGAUUUGACGGCAAGCAAUGAAGUUGAACCUAAGAAAAAAGGAAGGGGUGUCGCGAUGGCUUCAGCAUCGACUCAUGCUUCCGGGAAGUUCCUAGGAAAGAUCGCGUCUGGAUUUAUGGUCGAUAUUCCUUUGGCCGCGGCUGAAGGCUUUCGCGUGCUCCCUGGUCUGUACGGAGACAAAGUUCCCGAAUAUGGAAAAGUGAAGGAUUGGAAGUCUGGCGCAGUUGCAGGUGCAAAGAGCUUUGCCAAGGGCAUGGGAGGAGCUAUGACUGAUAUGAUAUAUCAGCCAUAUAAAGGUGCUAGAGAUGGAGGCGUCGCAGGCUUUGCUGGUGGCAUAUUCAAAGGCACUUUCGGGUCGUUGAGCAAGAUGGCACAUGGCGGCAUUGGCCUUGUUGCCUAUCCCAGCCAGGGUAUUAAACAAUCCAUUUAUUCCGCGUUUCACAAGAGCACACGCAACCUCAUUUUGGCGGCUCUUCACCUAGAGGGAGAAUAUGCGGUUCGGCAAGAGAGAGUGAGAGGGUUUGAAGAUCAGAAGGUCACCGAAAAAUUCAUGGCUAUGACUAAAAGUGAGGCCGAUGACGACAGUGAUUACAUAUAG